GGUGAUGUCAUGGAGGCAGCAUUGAUGCUGUUGCUGAUGCUGCUGCCCGGCGCCUGCAUCCUUGCAGCCAGACGGGGUAACCGUAGUCACCGGUUCACCAUCAGCAGCAGAGAAUACAGGGACAGAGGGGGCUCUCUGACAGAGUGAGAAGGAUCUUCAGCAUCCCUGGAGAGUUACAUACGCAGUGAGACCAUGACUCUGGCAGCCUAUAAAGAGAAGGUCAAAGAGCUCCCCCUGGUGUCUCUGUUCUGCUCGUGCCUGAACCCACACACUGCAGAAAACCCUGCUUACAAGGCAGAAGAUGCAGUGGACCUGGGCUGGUGUGUCAUCAAAGACGUAGAAGUCAUUGAGCUGAACAAACGCGCAUCGGGCCAGGCCUUCGAGGUCAUCCUCAAGCCCCCGUCUUUUGAUGGCGUGCCAGAACUCAAUGCCUCCAUGCCGCAGCGCCGUGACCCAUCCCUGGAGGAGAUCCAGAAGAAGCUGGAAGCGGCCGAGGAGAGGAGAAAGUGCCAGGAGGCAGAGCUGUUGAAGCACCUGGCGGAGAAGAGGGAGCACGAGCGUGAGGUGAUCCAGAAGGCCUUUGAGGAGAACAACAACUUCAUUAAGAAUGCCAAGGAGAAGCUCGAGCAGAAGAUGGAGGCCAACAAGGAGAACAGGGAGGCCCUGCUGGCAGCCAUGCUGGAAAGGCUGCAGGAGAAGGACAAACAUGCAGAGGAAGUGAGGAAGAACAAGGAGAUGAAGGAGGAGGCCUGCCGGUAGACGAGUGGCACGAGGGAGCCAAAAGAGCGAGAUUUGGAGUCUUCUGAUUCUAUUAAAAAAAAAAAUUAAAGGAAA